AUGCACCAAUGUUCGCUUUUCAUACUUACAUUGGUGUGCGUCUCCGUCAAAGAUAUAUCCGGAAGUUGGGAAGAAUGGUGGACGUACGAUGGCAUAUCAGGUCCUGGUUUCUGGGGUCUUAUAAACCCCCAAUGGAGCAUGUGCAACAAAGGACGUCGUCAAAGUCCCGUCAACAUCGAGCCUGAUAAAUUAUUAUUUGACCCCUGGCUGAGGGAUAUACAAUUCGAUAAACAUAAGGUUUCGGGUAUCCUUCAGAACACGGGGCAGUCUUUAGUCUUCCGGGUAGAGAAGGACUCCAAACAUCAGGUGAACAUAAGUGGUGGUCCACUGUCUUACCGGUACCAGUUCGAAGAAAUCUACUUCCACUAUGGCAUGGAAGACAAUAGGGGGUCGGAACAUCAGAUCGAUAAACAUACGUUUCCUGGAGAGAUCCAGUUGUACGGUUUCAACAAGGAGCUCUACCACAACAUGUCUGAAGCUCAGCACAAAUCUCAAGGCAUCGUUGGUAUCUCCCUGAUGGUGCAGGUUGGGGAGCCGACCAGCACUGACUUCAGGUUAAUCACUACAGCCUUCAACAAAGUCACUUAUCGGGGGGCGUCAUACCCAAUCAAGCAUUUACCACUAAGUUCUUUAUUGCCGAAUACACAGCAGUAUCUCACGUACGAAGGAUCUACAACACAUCCUGGUUGCUGGGAGACUGCCGUUUGGAUCAUUUUCAAUAAGCCUAUCUAUAUUUCUAAACAAGAGAUGUACGCGCUCCGGCAGUUAAUGCAGGGGUCUCAACUGACUCCAAAAGCGCCUUUGGGCAAUAAUGCGAGGCCAGUACAGCAUCUCAACCACCGUACCGUCAGGACUAACAUCAACUUUAAUAAACAAGGACUUCAGGGCUCGCACAAUUGUCCAGAUAUGUACCGCAACAUGCAUUACACAGCACGGUACCGCGGCAGAAAGCGUUCAAAAAAAAGUGUUGCAUGCAAACGAAAUGAUAAACCAAAGAAAUGUCACAAAAAUAGCCACCCAAUGGCCGAAGGAGCACACCUUGCGGUACAGAAGCGUUGA